AUGUUUGGCCUGCGGCAGCCCGGCGAGGGGCUGGAGACUGAGGUGGACAUCAAGGGCGAGCCGCAGAGCCUCGUCAAGCAGAGCCUGGACGAGAUUGGAGUGCUGGCCGGCAACCUGCUGAUGAAUGCCGCAUCCUGGCGCGUCGUGCGGGGGCAGACCUACUGCCUGCACUGCAGGGGCACCGGCAAGGAAUCCUGCCCCACCUGCCAGGGCGCUGGCAUCGUGCAGCCCGAGAAGGUUCGGAUGAACCAGAUACGCCACGCAGCCGGCAAGGUGCAGGUGCUGCUGGGGCUGAAUGAGCCCAAGAUGUUUGACUCCGACUGGAUGAAGAGCAACAGGUGCAAGCGCUGCCGCGGCACCGGGGCGCUGCCUUGCAAGCAUUGCAACGGCGUGGGCAUGCUUGGACCCGGGCAGGGGAGCGGCGCUGCGCCAUGA